AUGGCAAGCUCGCAUUUCCGAGCUCGCAUUUGCAAGCCCUGCUUCGCAAAUGCGAAGAUUGCAGGACUGGGAAUAUCAGAUUUUCCCAAGCAAGCCAGUAAACAAUGGUAUGCAAAGUUAACUGAAGCAUUGUCUUCAAAGGGGUACCAACAUUCUGAAAAUGAUUACUCCCUUUUCUGCAAGAAAACUUCCACAUCCAUCAUCUUUGUAGCUGUAUAUGUUGAUGAUGUUAUCAUCACUGGAACUGACUCAGAGGAGAUUGCAAGUUUGAAGGCCUUUCUUGAUCAAAAGUUUAGAAUAAAGGAUUUGGGCAGACUUCACUAUUUCUUGGGUCUAGAGGUCCUAUACAAACCUGAUGGUAUCCUUAUCUCUCAAAGGAAGUUUGCUUUGAAUUUAUUGAAGGAAUACCAGUGUUUUGACUACAGCAAUGUCUCCUCACCUCUUGAUCCUAUUGUCAAGAUAAAAGCACAAAAGGGUAAUCUCCUACCAGAUCCCACAUACUACAGAAAAUUGGUGGGAAAUCUUAACUUUCUCACCAAUACCAGGCUGGAUAUAGCCUAUAGUGUGCAACUGUUAAGUCAGUUUAUGCAAGCUCCAAGAGACACUCAUUUGACUGCAUCAUUUCACCUCCUUAGGUAUCUCAAAAAAGAUCCUAGCUUGGGUGUAUUCUUCUACAACAGUCCUGACUGUUCAAUCAAGGCUUAUUGUGACUCAGACUGA